GUACCGCCAAGAUGCAUACCCUCAGCCGCACACAGCUCAAGGCGCCUCCUGGGCUGGCACAUCCCAAAAUCCUCCUCAUGCCUCCAUGCCGCAGCAGCAGCAUGGGAGUGAUAUGAUGCAAUCGUACCAAAACCACCCGCAACUUGGCGGCAGUGUGCAAAACUUCCGUCAUCCAGGUCAUGUCUACCCGGGUCCGGCCACAUAUCAGGGAGUUCACACGCCAUAUGAGCCUCCGCCAGAGCUGGUCAACCUCGGGCUUGCUUCUCGGGAAGGAAACCUUGACGCGAGGUGGACGUCCCUCAUGCAUGAGUCCGGCUUCCUGGACGACGUCAACUUCAGGACUUGAGUAGAUGCUCCCAAACGAUCUGCGUGUAUUCGUGUGGUCUAGGGUCUUCCGGGGUUGGAGUGUCUCUAGACAAUUUCUCUGUCUUUCUCUCUUCACGGGAUUCUGGCGGACAUUCGUUGGAAAUGGACUGUACUCUGUACUCGUCGGUCACUGUAGUAAUGUUGUACGAUCGCUUUCGAUGAUAUCCAUUCGAUUCGCAACUGCUAA